AUGGCGCCCGCCGCGUCCUCCCCGCCGCCGCACGUGGCCGUGGUCGCCUUCCCCUUCAGCUCCCACGCGGCGGUGCUGCUCUCCUUCGCGCGCGCCCUGGCCACCGCCGCCGCGCCGUUCGGGGCCACGCUUUCGUUCCUCUCCACCGCGUCCUCCCUCGCGCAGCUGCGCAAAGCCAGCGGCGGCGGCGGCGGCUCCGCCGGGAACGGGCUCCCGGGGAACCUGCGCUUCGUCGAGGUCCCCGACGGCGCGCCUUCGGCGGCCGAGGGAACCGUGCCGGUGCCGCGGCAAAUGCAGCUGUUCAUGGCGGCCGCGGAGGCCGGCGGGGUGAAGGCCGGGCUGGAGGCGGCCCGCGCCGUGGCGGGCGGCGCCAGGGUGAGCUGCGUGGUGGGCGACGCGUUCGUGUGGCCGGCGGCGGACGCGGCCGCCGCGGCCGGGGCGUCGUGGGUGCCCGUGUGGACGGCCGCGUCGUGCGCGCUCCUGGCGCACCUCCGCACCGACGCGCUCCGGGAGGACUUCGGCGACCAGGCCGCGAACAGGGCGGACGAGCUGCUGACCUCCCACCCGGGCCUCGCCAGCUACCGCGUCCGUGACCUCCCCGACGGCGUCGUCUCCGGCGACUUCAACUACGACAUCAGCCUCCUCCUCCACCGCAUGGGGCAGCGCCUCCCGCGCUCCGCCGCCGCCGUCGCGCUAAACACCUUCCCGGGCCUGGACCCGCCCGAAGUCACCGCGGCGCUCGCGGAGAUCCUGCCGAACUGCCUCCCGUUCGGCCCCUACCACCUGCUCCUCCCCAAGGACGACGCUGACACCACCGCCGCGCCAGCCGACCCGCACGGCUGCCUCGCCUGGCUGGACCGCCACCCCGCGCGCGGCGUCGCGUACGUGAGCUUCGGCACGGUGGCGUCCCCGCGGCCCGACGAGCUCCGCGAGCUGGCGGCCGGGCUGGAGGCCUCGGGCGCGCCAUUCCUGUGGUCGCUGCGCGAGGACUCGUGGCCGCUGCUCCCGCCGGGCUUCCUGGACCGCGCCACCAGCACCGGGUCCGGGCUCGUGGUGCCCUGGGCGCCGCAGGUGCCCGUGCUACGCCACCCUUCCGUGGGCGCGUUCGUGACGCACGCCGGGUGGGCGUCGGUGCUGGAGGGCGUGUCCAGCGGCGUGCCCAUGGCGUGCCGCCCCUUCUUCGGCGACCAGUGGAUGAACGCGCGGUCCGUGGCGCACGUGUGGGGGUUCGGCGCCGCGUUCGAGGCGGGCAUGACGCGCGCCGGGGUGGCCGCGGCCGUGGAGGAGCUGCUGCGCGGGGAGGAAGGCGCGCGGAUGAGGGCCAGGGCGCAGGAGCUGCAGGCCGCGGUGGCCGAGGCGUUCGGGCCCGGCGGCGCGUGCAGGAAGAACUUCGACAGGUUCGUCCAGAUAGUUUGUCGCGCGUGA